AUGGCUAACUUAAGAACUCAAAAGAGACUUGCUGCAAGUGUUGUUGGUGUCGGUAAGAGAAAGAUUUGGUUGGACCCAAAUGAAACCUCUGAAAUUGCCAACGCCAACUCCAGACACGCUAUUAGAAAAUUGUACAAGAAUGGUACUAUUGUCAAGAAACCAAACACCAUCCACUCCAAGUCCAGAGCUAGAGCUUUAAAGGAAUCUAAGGCUGCUGGUAGACACAUGGGAUACGGUAAGAGAAAAGGUACCAAGGAUGCCCGUAUGCCACAACAAGUUUUGUGGAUGAGAAGAUUGAGAGUCUUGAGAAGAUUAUUGGCUAAAUACAGAGAUGCUGGUAAGAUUGACAGACACUUGUACCACAACUUGUACAAGGCUGCUAAAGGUAACACCUUUAAACACAAGAGAUCCUUGGUUGAACACAUCAUCACUGCUAAGGCUGAAGCUUUGCGUGAAAAGGCUCUUAAGGAAGAAGCUGAAGCUAGAAGAGUUAGAAACAGAGCUGCCAGAGAAAGAAGACAACAAAGAAUUAACGAAAAGAGAGAGGCUUACUUGGCUGAAGGAACCACCGACGAAUAA